CACCCGAACCCCUUCGCGCGCGCCCCACUCCUCCGCGCCCUUUUCUUAUCCUUACCUCUGGUAUCUUCCAUCCCUCUCGCUCGACCGCCGAUCCCACCGAACCUCACGUGCACACGGGGCACGUCAAGGCGAGCGCCCCACCAAUCAUUCGCGAUCACCACAAACCGGAUUCCCGUCCUCCGCCUUCUGAAAGCCGUCCUUCCCAGUCGUUAUUGUUCUCUUCUUCGCUCUAGUUUGCUUUUCCCCCGCUUUUUAAUCCUAUUCGCUGUCGCUUCCCAUCUCGCAAGAGAAAGGCAGGCAGAAGGAAAGGAAGGAAGACAGACACCCUUAAAAGAACGCCAGCUCGCGUUGGAGAAAUGCGCCAAGAUGGCUUCUAUCACGGCCUCGCGUCCCUCCGCCUUUCUUCCCUCUCGCCUCUCUCGUCCUAGCCUCCCUCCCCUCCCUCUCCUCGCCCUCCGGCAAGCCCCCCAAGAAUCCCCUUCUCUCUCACUCGUCCAAUCAAAGAACGCCGGCCUAGGGCUUGCCAAUCGAUGGCGGCGAACGCGGUUGAGGGGGCCGAGGAAGAGGAAGGCGAAGGGGGAGGACGCGUCCGGGCCGGAGGGGAAGUGGGUUCUCGAGGAGGAGGUAUACAAUUUCAUGGAGACGUCCGAGAAUCCGGGCUUCUUUCCGACCAGGGAGCAGCUGAUCGCGGCCGGGAGGAAGGAUCUGGCGGACGCUAUCGCCGCCGAGGGCGGAUGGCUUGCCUACGGGUGGAAUCUGGAGGAUGAGAGCGGUGAUGGGGACAAUCUUGAUUCGUUGAAGAGUCUUGAUUCUUCGAAUAAGGAGUCCCUCCAAGAAGAUGAAAGAAUGUCUCAGCAGCGGUUUUCUUCCGAGGUGAAUGAUGGUAGGCUUCCGGGUUCGAAGGAUUCUUCCACGGCUUCUUCUUCUGGGAGAUCGAUGGAAACGGAGGGUGGGGAGGAUGGUGGGAUUGAGGGAAUAUUGAGCAGGCUGGAGGUAGAGAGGAGCUUGGCGUUUGGCAUGGGCUCCAGCAAGAAAGGAGUGAAUGGUCGAGGUUCGUUUGGUCCAGGAGAUACGAUAUCCUUUAGUCGUAAAAGGAAAGUUGGUGGGAGUGAGAUGACCAGCAUAUCUGGUGGUGUUCAUUCACAAAAUGGAACAUCAGCGGAUGUUGAUGGCAUGAGAAGUUCAAAGCCUGAUACAUGGAGGUGUUGGAGCCUUCAGAGGGCAGGCAAUCCUGCAAUCAAAUUUGAAGCUGCUGAAAUUGUUCCCACUGGUGACAUAAAUAUAUUAGAUCAUGAUCAUUCAAAUGAAGUUUCUACGGAUAGCAAGAUGCAACUAACAGAUAGUGCAGCCAGAACUAGUACCGGAAGAAAUGAAUCACACACUGACCAAAGUCAGAUACGUGUUCGCCUUCAGCACUUGGAGUCAGAUCUCACUUCUGCACUUCACUUACUUAGGUCAAGGGCUAAGGAGAAGGAACAACAAAGCUCAGUGGAGGAGCUACAUCAACUUUCUGAUGCUUGGGAAUUUCAAGAGACUGAGAUUAUGAAAGCCCGAGAUAAACUACGGUCAAUCCGUGCCAAACUGGCAGUGCUUGAAGGCAAGAUGGCGCUUGAGUUGAUAGAAGCACGGAACAUAAUGGAAGAGAAACAAAAAAGGCUUGAUGCUGCUGAGAAUGCUCUGAACCUUCUUCGUACAACCUGCAUAGUUUGGCCAAACUCUGCCAAAGAGGUUCUGUUGGCUGGAUCCUUUGAUGGAUGGACAAGUCAGAGGAGGAUGGAACAAUCAAGUUCAGGCUUCUUUUCUUUGCACCUCAAAUUGUAUCCUGGCCGGUAUGAGGUCAAGUUCAUUGUUGAUGGUGUUUGGAAAAUUGACCCACUGCGCCCCAUUGUGCACAAUUACGGUCAUGAGAACAACCUCCUUAUCAUCCCUUGACUGCUGUAUACAUGCCAGGAAUGAAAUUUGGUGGCCUGUUGUGCAGAGACAAACUAGUCAAUCCAAUUUUUUCAAUUCAUUUUUAAUAAUCCAUAAUCAAGAAUUUAAGAUGUGGGAAUGUUAACUCCUUUUUGGUGAAGUAAAUUUUUCUUCACGUUCUUAAAUGGAGAAUAUCUUCAUUGUAGGCCUUCACGCCCUACUCAUUGUCUACUUCUUGUACUAAAAAUCUUGGAGGCCUUUGGACUUGCUUGUGUACUACUGAAUGAACUAAAUCCCCAUCCAUCUACUAGUCUUCUUAAA